AGUUAUUAAGAAUGUACGAUAAACUUUAAGUCAAAACAAAAUGUUAACGACAAGCCAAUUAAACAAUUUGACUUGAUACUUAUUUGAGUCAGGAUCCAGUGUUUGAUAUGAAGCCAAGGCGCAAAUUCAAACUGGAACCUGGAUCAUCCAACCGGUGCAUGCUCUUCACUUUUGAUUAAUCAACGCUGGUCCAAGACACGUCACGCCAAGUCCCAUCUUAUACGGACCAUCAUCCAUGGCGUCUUCCGCUUUCCAGCAGAGCUCAAUCUGUUCAUUCGCACGCCUCAGUUUCUCAGCAAACCUUCUCACCAGAUCCCUUUCUCCGUGAUUCCUUGUCCUUCCACCUCUAACCUCGUCUUAAAAGCCGCAUCCUCUCGGAGUUGCAUGAGAAAUUCUUCUGGCCUCGAUCAUUCCAAGCAGCUUCUCCCUCCGCUUGCUCGCCUGACUGGGAUCCACCGUCUCCUACUUCUUCGCCACCUCCUCCACGGUAUAUCUUUGGCAGGCCGACACAUAAAUCCACCGUCUCCAUCCUCGAGCAGCCUUUCUUCGUCUUCGGCCCUGGCUGGGCCCGCCAAAGUCUCGCCGCACCGAUCUACCGGUUGCCGUUCCCUCCCAGCCUUUUCACCGGUUCCCCGCCCUGGUUCAGCCUCGUCAACAGCUUCAGCCCGGUUCAUCAGCACCUCCCAUCGGAUUUCUCACGCCACGCCCGCCUCGGGCUUCCGGGCGGUGAAACCUUCCUGUGAUGCCAGACAGAAUGGAGCUCAGUGUUUUGGAGCUUUGGGAGGAGCAGUAGACAUUCAGCUGAUGGUCAACAUGUUAGCAAUACCCAUAAUCCAUUGGAAGAUGAAUUCCUCUAUAAUAUUCAUCUGGAGGUAUGGCAGAAUGGUUAGAAUCAAAGACAACGUAAUUCCCGUUUUUCCCAGUAACGGAACAGUCAGGAUCAAUGACCUGAGAAGGAAUGACAAUGGUGAAUAUCAACUUGAAAUGUUUGAUGGAAAUGGAAAAAUAACAGGAAAGAAAACUCUGCAUCUAUCUGUUAUAGCUCCUGUGUUUCCUGUUCAGCUCGUCCCUCAGUGUUUAUCUCAGGGACAGAUGAAGGUGUCCUGUGUGACUCAAGGUGACAGUCCUUUGUACAGCUGGACUCUGGAUGGACACAAACUGACAGACUCUAAGAUCUUUUCUGGAAAUACUGAGGCCAACAUCAUCAUUCUGAGACAUAACAUACUAGGACAUCUGGUCUGUUCAGUCAGGAAUGAAAUCAGUAACUCCUCCGAAGGGAUGAACUUGACUCACUGUGUGGUGAAACCUUCCUGUGAUGGCAGAAAGAAUGGAGCUCAGUGUAUUGGAGCUUUGGGAGGAGUAAUAGACAUUCAGCUGAUGGACAACAUGUUGGAAAUGCCCCACUUUGAAUGGACAAACAAUAACUUUGUGAUUCUACAUUGGAGGUUUAACUCAGUUGUUAGUAAAAGAAGGAACAUGAUUCCCAUUUUUCCCAGUAAUGGAACAGUCAGGCUCUAUGACCUGAGAAGGACUGACAGCGGUGAAUAUAAACUUGAAAUAUUUGAUGGAAAAGGAAAAAAGACAGGAUGGAGAAUGCUGAAGCUAUCUGUCAUAGCUCCUGUGAAUCCUGUUCAGCUCGUCCCCCAGUGUUUAUCUCAGGGACAGAUGAAGGUGUCCUGUGUGUCUCAAGGCGACAGUCCUUUGUACAGUUGGACUCUGGAUGGACGUCCACUGACAAACUCUGAGCUCUUCUCUGGAAAUACUGAGGCCAACAUCAUCGUUCUGAGACCAAACAUCCUCGGACAUCUGGUCUGUUCAGUCAGCAAUCAAGCCAGUAACUCCUCCGAAUGGAUGAACGUAACUUACUGUGCGGUGAAAACUUCAUGUGAUGGCAGAAAGAAUGGAGCUCGGUGUUUUGGAGUUUUGGGAGAAGCAAUAGACAUUCAGCUGAUGGAUGACUUGUCAGCAGCAGUUAGCUUAAAUUGGAUCAUGAAUCGUGUUGUGAUUCUAAAUUGUAUAUUGAACAGAGUUGUUACUAAAAAGAACAACAUAAUUCCCGUUUUUCCCAAUGAUGGAAUAGUGAGGAUCAAUGACCUGACGAGGGAUGACAGUGGUGAAUAUAUACUUUAUGUGCAUAAUGAAGAAGAUAGACUGGAAAGGAAAACUCUGCAACUUUCUGUAAUAGCUCCUGUGUAUCCUGUUCAGCUCAUCUCUCAAUGUUUAUCUGAGGGACAUAUGAAGGUGUCCUGUGUGUCUCAAGGUGACAGUACUUUGUACAGUUGGACUCUGGAUGGACACGCACUGACAAACUCUGAGAUCUUCUCUAGAAAUAAUGAGGCCAACAUCAUCGUUUUGAGACAAAACAUCUCAGGAUAUCUGGUCUGUUCAGUCAGCAAUAAAGUCAGUAACUCCUCCAAAGGAAUGAACUUAACUCACUGUGUGGUGAAAACUUCUUGUGAUGGCAGAAAGUCUGCAGCUCAGUGUUUUGGAGCUUUGGGAGGAACAAUAGACAUUCAUCUGAUGGACAACGUUAAUGGAACAGUCAGGAUCAAUGACCUGACAAGGAAUGACAGCGGUGAAUAUUACCUUGAAAUGUUUGAUAGAGGUGGAGAAAAGACAGGAUGGAAAACUCUGCAUCUAUCUGUUUUAGCUCCUGUGUAUCCUGUUCAGCUCGUCCCCCAGUGUUUAUCUAAGGGACAGAUGAAGGUGUCCUGUGUGUCUCAAGGUGACAGUCCUUGGUACAGCUGGACUCUGGAUGGACACAAACUGACAAACUCUGAGCUCUUCUCUAGAAAUAAUGAGGCCAACAUCAUCGUUUUGAGACAAAGCAUCCUAGGACAUCUGGUCUGUUCAGUCAGCAAUCCAGUCAGUAACUUUUCCAAAGGGAUGGACUUAACUUACUGUGCGGUGACACCUUCCUGUGAUGGCAGAAAGCCUGGAGGUCAGUGUUUUGUACCUUUGGGAGAAGCAGUAGACAUUCAGCUGAUGGACAACAUGUUAGCAAUACCCAUGUUCCAUUGGAUAAAGAAACAGUUGGUGAUACUCAAGUGGAGGUUUAACAAAGUUGUUGGUGAAAAAAGCAACAUAUUUCCCGUUUUUCCCAGUAAUGGAACAGUCAGGAUCAAUGACCUGAGAAGGUCUGACGCCGGUGAAUAUAAACUUGAAACGUUUGAUGGAAAAGAAAAGGACAUCAUCGAGAACUCUGUAUCUAACUGUUAUGGCUCCUGUGUCCUCUGUUCAGCUCGUCCCUCAAUGUUUAUCUGAUGGACGGAUGAAUGUGUCAUGUGUGUGUCGAGGUGACCUUCCUCAAUACAGCUGGAUUCUGGAUGGACACAAACUGAUAGAGAGGAGCUUUGAGGCCAAGUUCAUCGUUCUAAAACAUAACAUCCUAGGACAUCUGGUCUGUUCAGUCAGGAAUUCAGUCAGUAACUCCUCCAACGGGAUGAACUUAACUCACUGUGCGGUGAAACCUUCCUGUGAUGGCAGAAAGCCUGGAGCUCAGUGUAUUGGAGCUUUGGGAGGAGCAGUAGACAUUCAGCUGAUGGACAACAUGUUAGAAGUACCCAACUUCAGAUGGCUAAAGAAUAACCAUGUGAUUCUAUAUUGGAGAUUUAACAGAUUUAUGAUUAAAAAUAACAACAUAAAUCCCGUUUUUCGCAUUAAUGGAACAGUCAGGCUCAGUAACCUGAGAAGGAAUGACAGCGGUGAAUAUUACCUUGAAUAUUUUCAGGAUUCAGGAAGAAAGACAGAAUGGAGAACUCUGCAACUAUCUGUAAUAGCUCCUGUGUCCUCUGUUCAGCUCGUCCCUCAGUGUUUAUCUCAGGGACAGAUGAAGGUGUCAUGUUUGUCUCAAGGCGACAGUCCUUGGUACAACUGGACUCUGGAUGGACGCCCACUGACAGACUCUGAGCUCUUCUCUGGAAAUAGCGGGCCAACAUCAUCGUUCUGAGACAAAACAUCUCAGGACAUCUGGUCUGUUCAGUCAGCAAUCAAGCCAGUAACUCCUCCAAAGGGAUGAACUUAACUCACUGUGCUCCUGUGUCUUCUGUUCAGCUCGUCCCUCAGUGUUUAUCUCACGGACAGAUGAUGGUGUCAUGUGUGUGUCGAGGCGACCUUCCUCAAUACAGCUGGACUCUGGAUGGACGCCCACUGACAGACACUGAGCUCUUCUCUAGAAAUACUGAGGCCAACAUCAUCGUUCUGAGACAAAACAUCCGAGGACAUCUGGUCUGUUCAGUCAGGAAUCAAGUCAGUAACUCCUUCAAAGGGAUGGACGUAACUGACUGUGGCUUCAUUUUCAUUAACUGCACUUCAAAUGGGACACAAAUAGCCAAAUGGGUGUAUAAAGAAAAUAACACUCUGUGUGUUGAACCAACAACAGUCCCUCCAACAACUAAAUAUACUAGUGUGGGUAAGAAGACACAGUCAAAUACUUCUGCUAGCAGCCCUAACAGCAAUGAUCCACUUUUGAAUAUUAGUAAGUGAAAAUGACUAAAAAUCUCAUUGAUAAUCUCAUCCUGUGGUGUGACAACUGCUGGAGUCAUCCAGCAAAAAAUACAAUCUACGAUGAAAACUCAUCAGUUUUAUGAAACUAAUGAAGUUUUUUGUCUUCAAUCAGAUUCGUCCUCCUGGCUCACUUUGGGAUUGCGUAGUAUUGCUGUGGUUCUUCCUUUAAUUGUCCUUUGUCUCUACUUCACUUGGAAGCAAAAGAAAUAUGAAAAAGCCAAAUCCUCUUCCAUCCCACCCACAGUGGAGAAUCCAGAGAACUCUGUUCUGAUGGUUCAACUGAACUCUGCACCUUAGAUGGAUGACAUUAUGACUUUAAUUUGUAAAAAAUAAACACAAGCUCACAGAAAUAGUUCUGGGAUUGGCUGCCAUGUUUUAUGAAUGUUUUAUUGUGCAACAUUCUAAAGUGUGAUUUUUAAAUUUUGUUAAAGUGAAAAUUUUAGUUUAAUUUCUUUCUUGUGUUAAAUAUUGUCAAAAUUCCGUCUGUAUGAUUUUUUUUUAAUGUAUUUUCCAAUAUUAUCAUACUUUCAAUAAAUUGGCAUUCAACUAAUGUUGAGUUGUCCCAUGAGCUUCUUAUGGUGUUUUUCACCUCCCUUAUUUCCUAUUUUUUGUGUGUUUUUCAUACUUAAGUAAUACUAACUUCUAAGGACGUCUUACAUGUGUGGGAACCACUGAAGUAAAAAGUAGUAGUCAAAUAAAACCAGCAGAGAAAAAUAUAAACUUCACUGAAAAGACUCAAGCUAAAAUGUGAUGAAGGAACCUUGUAGCCUCAGAGACAACGGUUAAGCACACCAACACAGUUUAAAGAUGAUUUUCUGCUUAUGAAAGGAUCUUACAGGUUCUUUGAAUCAAAUUAUAAAGUGCAAACACUGGGCCCUAUCUAACAGGCUUUGUACAACUCUAGAUAUUUGACAAAGAUAUGUUAUUAACAUCUGAAAGCAGCUGAGCGCAUGAACAGAAGCUGAACGUCAAGCAAACAUGGAAGUUGUUUUUGUUUUUCUUGAUGCAACUCGAACUGUCUUCAUCUGGGAAGCUUUAAAUGUUUGUACAAUAAAUAAACCACAAGUUACAGAAAUUGAGUUUCUUUGAGUUAAGCACUAUUCUCAGAGAAUGAAAGCAGCUUCGACUCUUUUUAAAUAUCAGAAGAAGCCGAAAAAUUGGCGAGUGUUUCAGUAAACUUUGCAAGCUUUUCAGACAUAUUGUGGAACUUUUAAAGAACAGAAGAAUAUUUUGUUCCUGCAAAUGGUGGUGAUGGCAUCCUGUUCGCUCAGUCUCUCUUUUCUCUGCUAUAAUAUCUGCAGAUAAUACAGCUGAAAAGUUGUAAUAUCUGCUUUUCUCUUGACUUCUAAGGCAACCUUUAGAAGUCCAGUCAAGUCACAGCUUCAUCACCUGGUCAUUGUGGUUAAUUCAAUUAAACUUCAGUUGUUCUUUAUGAAAGAUCUCCU